AACCAGCCAAGCGUUUCACAACCAACAAUGGCAUCAGCAACUCUCGGCUCUUGGGAAGAGCCUCUGUCUCUGAAUUCAAAGCAGAUAUGCCUGAGAUCCUUGGGGAUGUUAGCAUUUUCACUGCUGCUGGUCAGCCUGUCCUUCUGAAAGACCUUUGGGACCAAAACCAAGGAAUUGCAGUUGUUGCACUCCUACGCCAUUUCGGAUGCCCUUGUUGCUGGGAACUUGCUUCAGAAUUGAAAGAAGCAAAAGCAAGAUUUGAAGCCGCUGGAGUUAAACUGAAUGCACUUGGAGUUGGUACUCCCAACAAAGCACGCAUGCUUGCAAAGCGGCUACCAUUUCCAAUGGAUUGCCUUUACGCUGAUCCAGAACGCAAGUCAUAUGGUAUUAUGGGCUUGUAUUAUGGUUUUGGUCGAACGUUCUUCAAUCCAGCAAGUACUCGGGUGUUUUCAAGGUUUGAAUCAUUGCGGAAAGCUGUAAAAAAAACUAUACAAUUGAGGCCACUCCAGACGAAAGAAGUGGUGUACUGCAACAUGGAGGAAUGUUUGUGUUCAAAGGUAAGCAACUGGUAUAUGCUCGAAAAGAUGAAGGGGCCGGAGAUAUCAUGCACCUCUAGAUGAAGUUUUUGACAUAUGUUGCAAAGUUCCAGCUUCAUGAAUAUUAAAUCUAUAC